AUUUAAUAGAAAAUGUUUACAUAGCUUCGAGAAGCAGGAAGGAUCCCCAGGCCCGCGAGGUCCCCGAGCCCAGGCCGCAGGCGAACAGCAUUACCGUUUCUAAGAAACGCAGCUGGCUGCAGCAGAGCACGCACCGACCUCCUCCUCCUCUGGAAGAAGAAAACGCCUGUAAGGAAACGCACGGGGCUGUUAUCCCGGUACCCAAAUCUCCCAUCCUGCUGCCUGAACCUGCAGUACCAUGGGCUCCUUCCAUGUCACCAGUGGAGCGGGAGCGCCCCACACGAAGCUGCGCUCGUCUUGGUGCUCUGCGAGGCACCGCAAGCCCCGUUGUGCCGAGGAGUGCUACUCCAGACUUUGGAGAGGAUAAUGAUGCAGAUGAUGAAGGAGAAAUAUGGUACAACCCAAUCCCUGAAGAUGAUGAGCCUGACUUGCCGAGGGUCUGCCUUUCUGCUGCGAAUAGCCCUGUGGCUGUGGGCUCCCCGGUGGUUCGGUACAAAACCCCGCCUGAGGGUGACUCGGGCACGGCUCCAGGACUUCAUGAGGGCCCUCAAUGCCUCACGGAGAGCACAGGGAACAGUCACACAGCUCAGCCCAGCGAAGGGAGUCAGGCUGAUGCGGUGCGUCCUGGGGACCACGUGCAGCAGCAGAGGUUUGCCUGCAAGGCUCCUGGUGUGCUGGCAGUAGAGGACAAUCCUGUCUUUAAGUGCCCUUCAGCAGGGUCUGGAGUUGUACUUGCACACAAGGCUGAUAUACCCUCAAUGGAGGUUUCUCCUCCAAGCCCCAGUCCUCUGAAAAAAAGCGGAUCAAUCAACUGGCCUUUCCCUGAUAAAAUUAAAUCUCCCAGGACUGUGAGGAAGCUGUCCAUGAAGAUGAGAAAGCUGCCAGAGCUGAGCAGGAAACUGAGUGUCAAGGGAACUUCAAGCCAUACUAGCUCAGAUAACCCUCCUUCCCUGCUGAAAGGUGGCUGCCGGGGUACAAGCCAUACAGUGUCUUUGCCAUCUUCUGGAAACUCAACCACAGCUGCCAGCAGCAAUGUGAUAAGUCGCUACCAUCUCGACAGCAGCGUGUCGUCGCAACACACCUGCAAAAAGAAAAGCUCGAGGAGCUCCAAAUCCUUCAACAAAGGUGGUUACCUCAGUGACGGCGACUCUCCUGAACUUAUAACAAAAUCAGGUAAACAUGGGCAUGAAACCAAGUGUGGCAAAGGAAAGGAGAGCCUUCCAACUAACAGUGGUAAAACAGAAAUAGAUAUCGAUGCUUUCAGACACUAUAACUUUUCUGAUCAACCCAAGUGCUCUCAGUACAUCUCUGGACUCAUGAGCAUUCACUUUUAUGGUGCUGAAGACUUAAAACCACCAAGGAUAGACUCAAAAGAUGUCUUUUGUGCAAUACAGGUUGACUCGGUAAACAAAGCAAGGACGGCCCUGCUUACAUGCAGGACAACGUUUCUAGAUAUGGACCACACGUUCAACAUAGAAAUUGAAAAUGCUCAGCACUUAAAGCUGGUGGUGUUCAGCUGGGAACCCACCCCACGGAAAAAUCGGGUGUGUUGUCACGGAACCGUGGCUCUUCCCACUCUCUUCCGAGUGACAAAGACACAUCAGCUGGCUGUUAAACUGGAACCGAGGGGGCUUAUUUACGUCAAGCUGUCGCUCAUGGAGCAGUGGGAGAACUCUCUUGAUGGUCUCGAUGCAGAUCGGGAGCCCAUCAUGUUUGGGGUAGAUGCUCGAAAAGUUGUAGAGAAGGAAAAUGCGGGCUUGAUGGUGCCACUUUUGAUGCAGAAGUGCAUCCUGGAGAUUGAAAAGAGAGGCUGUCAGGUGGUAGGCCUGUAUCGGUUAUGUGGCUCAGCAGCGGUUAAGAAAGAGCUUCGAGAGGCGUUUGAGAGGGACAGCAAGGCUGUUAAUCUCUCUGAAAGCCAGUACCCAGACGUUAAUGUCAUAACAGGCGUCCUAAAGGACUAUCUGCGGGAGCUGCCCUCUCCCCUGAUAACCAAGCAGCUCUAUGAAGCCGUGUUGGAUACCAUGGUGAAAAAUCCCUUGAAAAUGACGGCAAGCGGAUGUGAGAAUGACCCGAGUGACUCUGAGCACACGGCAGCCCUUCUGGAAUGCCUGCCAGAUGUUGAGAAGGCUACCCUGAAGAUGCUGUUGGAUCACCUGAAACUGGUGGCUUCUUACCAUGAAGUAAACAAGAUGACGUGCCAGAAUUUAGCUGUAUGCUUUGGACCUGUGUUACUGAGCCAGAGGCAGGAGACCACCAGCCAUAAAAAAAGCGCUAGUGCCCUGGACUUCAAAAAACACAUAGAGGUCCUUCACUAUUUACUCCAGCUGUGGCCAGUAUAUCCCUCGCCUGCCAAAGAACCAGUGCAUCUGAAUGCAUUUCCCGAGAGCCCAUCCUCCCUGAAUUACCUGAGACCCAAGCGGCAGCGCCCUCAGAUGCUGAACCUGAGCGGUACGGAGAUGUCUGGGGUGCUCAGACCAAGGCCGGCCGGCCUAGACAGCCCGUCGAGCAACCGCUACGCGGGAGACUGGAGUAGUUGCAGGGACAGCUACUUAACCCCAAAAGACUGCCCGAGUGAAGCAGAUUACGACGACGUCCCAUCAGAAGAUACGGAGAGCGGGGAUGACAGCAGCAAAGCCGAGGAGUCGGAUGCUCCGGUGGGACACCCGCAGCCCAUCCCCAGAGAGCGUACAUUUCAGAGCUAUUUGACAAUGCAAGCAAUAGACUCGGCGGUGGAUCACACAGCAAACCUCAAAGACCUGCAGGAAAGUAUUGAUACUCUCAUAGGAAACCUGGAAAGGGAACUCAACAAAAACAAGCUAAAUAUGAGCUACUAA